UUUGCUCGAAACUCUUCUGGUGCAAAUCGCUUUGCUCGCGGCCAAAUGGCACAGUCCAACUUUCACUCGAGCGGCAUGGCCGGACAGGUUGUCAGUUCGGCGGGCGCUGGAAGACACUCGUCGGUUGGGACGUUUGCUGGGCGUCGCCAGUUCGAGAACGCCAAAAACCUGACAACUGGUCCGGUUCCCGGGCGUCGUGGUGGAGGUGGCGGCACAAGCGGCCUUGCAACCGGAACAAUGGGACUGACAAACCAGACAGGCAUGGAUUCGCUAGCCACUCUGUUCCUCUCCAUUUUUGCCCAAUCGCCCCGUCCCCGUGCUCUGUCCAGCAACAUCGUCGAUGCCAUCGGUAUCAGCAUCACUUUCAUCGCGAUAACCGCCAACGUCACAGUUAACAUUUCAUUCAUCGACACCAACACGGUCAAUAUCAGAAGCAUCAUCGCCACUGCUUCAACCAACCUCGCUUGCUUGGCGCCGGCAACCAUGGCCCUGACGAGAGAGCGCGCAGUAAUCGCAUACACAUUUGCUAUUAUCCUCACAAUUGUCAAUUCUGGUCAACGCCAUGCUACCUUUCUUUUCACUAUCUCCAAUUUUGUCUGCGAUCAGUAG